AGAAAAAAAAAAAAAAAAGGAAAAACAAAGCUGCUUUCAAGUAUUGAAGAUACAAGUCCAGGAUGAACACGAAGGACACAAAAGUGACUGAAGGAGGUCUCAAUGUCACGCUUACCAUACGCCUUCUCAUGCAUGGCAAGGAGGUUGGAAGCAUUAUCGGAAAGAAAGGUGAGACAGUUAAGAAGAUGAGGGAGGAGAGUGCUGCUCGAAUCAAUAUUUCGGAAGGCUCCUGUCCAGAGAGAAUUGUGACAAUAACAGGCCCAACAGAUGCAAUUUUUAAAGCUUUUUCUAUGAUUGCACUAAAAUUUGAAGAGGACAUAAAUGCUUCAAUGACAAACAGCACGGUGACAAGCAAACCGCCUGUAACGCUGCGGCUCGUCGUCCCGGCAAGUCAGUGUGGAUCCCUUAUAGGAAAAGGAGGUUCCAAAAUCAAAGAAAUCAGGGAGUCCACAGGAGCCCAGGUGCAGGUAGCGGGGGACAUGCUGCCAAACUCGACGGAGCGUGCAGUGACUAUAUCGGGCACCCCUGACGCCAUUAUCCAGUGCGUGAAACAAAUAUGCGUGGUUAUGCUGGAGUCCCCACCCAAAGGUGCCACCAUCCCCUACCGUCCCAAACCUGCCUCUGCACCUAUCAUUUUUGCAGGUGGCCAGGUAAGAGCAGACACCAUUUUGGCUUCGGCUGGAAACCACACCGUCUUGGCCCAACCUCAGCCAGCGCCUGUUAGUUUUCAACUUUUACUCUUUUUUGCCUG